CCAAAAUUUUUCUUAGAAAACAAACACUAGUAUUGAAUAAAUUAUGUAAUACGGCGAGUCAUGUAAUCUUGCGAAAAUAUAUUCAAUUUUUGUUUUUCAUGAUUGCGCAAUAGCAGCAAAAUUUAACAGCAUUCUUUCCAUGCGUCAUUCUCCGGAGAUUCUCACCGUUUAAGCUGAACUCUGGUGAUGGAGCUUUAGGAUGAUCUUGUGUUAUUCAAACUACACAUGUUGAAACCAGAAGGGAGUGGACUAAUCUUUCAUUAAGAAAGUAAUCAAUCAAAGAUAAUAUGGCUACAAUGAUGAAUGUGUACCUAAAAAAAGUAUUCCAAAAGACUGUGUUGAUUAACAAUCAUCUUUUCAAGAAGCAUCUUUUGCUGACUAAUGCAACAUUUUCUAUGGCAAUGGGCAUUGCUGGUGAUCUUGUGCAACAACAUUAUGAAAUAUUGACGAAGGGUGAAGACAAAUGGAAACCUGUGAGAACUUUUCAUAUGUCAGCUGCUGGGCUUACAACUGGAGUGCUUUCUCAUUACUGGUACAUCAUUAUUGACCUAUUUAUACCUGGAUCAUCAUUUAGAGCAGUUGUAAAAAAAGUAUUGUAUGAUCAAAUUUUAUUUUCUCCAGUGAAUUUAACAGUAUAUUUUGGUACGGUAGCUGUUCUUGAAGGCUCUUUGAAACAGUUAAAAGAAGAAUUAAUUGAAAAAGGUACCAAAAUUUACACUGCAGAGUGGAUAAUUUGGCCACCAGCACAGUUUAUAAAUUUUUAUAUCUUACCGUUAAGAUAUAGAGUAUUUUUUGAUAAUUUUAUUUCAUUUGGAUUUGAUAUUUAUUCUCCAUACGUUAAGUAUAAAUGUAAAUUAAAAUCUGAAAUAAAUGAUGAAAGUUAAUGUAUAAUAUCAUGCUGUUUCCUGCCAUUAAAAAUAUUGAAAACUGUUAUGGAAUAAUCCUUUGAUUUUUUACAAAUAUAAGUACAAAAAUCACAAGCAGCAACAAGACCUUGUCAAUUU